AUGGGGAAAUUAUUUGCCAAGAAACACAAGUACACAAUAGAUGUUAGACAGGAAUUCUAUGCGCUGGGCUUCGUGGAGAUUCUUUCCUCAUUCUUCCCUGUUUGGCCGUCAUCAACCGCACUGGCUCGUUCUCUUGUCUAUGAAGCCGCUGGAACAAAGACACAGCUGGGCAGCGUGUUCUCUUCCAUCCUUCUACUGGCUGUCAUCUUUUUCAUAGGACCAUUCGUUGAAGUACUGCCAAUAUGCUUUCUGUCCUGCAUCAUUAUUGUAGCCCUGAAAGGAAUGUUCAUGCAGCUCAGCGUUAUCCCUCUGUUGUGGCGGACAUCAAAAGCUGAUUGUGCCAUUUUUGUGGUGAGCUUCGUUGCCACGGUUGUGUGCGAUGUCGUCGAAGGCCUCCUUAUUGGAACGUUCUUUGCAGCAAUACUACUUGUACAUGGAAUUCAAAAGGCAAAGGUUGUUGAAAUAGGCCGACUGAGCCACAAUCAAGGCCAGUCAUACUUCCAGCCCAUAGAGCAUUACAGAGACGCAGCGAUACGUGACGGUGUGUGCUGUGUCCGUUUUGCAGCUCCCAUCGUCUAUCUGAAUGCAGAAAGAUUCAAAAAGAGUGUCGAUGAUGUCAUACAACUCCCAACAUUAGAACGAAGGUUCGCCAUUGUUGUGCUUUUCACAAAGAACAGUACUUCUCGAAAAUCAUUUGGAAACUCCUCGAAUUGGACAUUCAAUUUUCUGGGAAUUUGGCCGAUUUGUGAUUUUAUUGGAGUUAUUAAAAGACACUGA